UAAAAUAACCGAAGAAACUUGAUCGAUUUUCUUUCGUGUAGUUUGGAUCAGAUCUUCAAUUUUGUGCACAAAUUGAAGUUGAGGUUUGUGACAUUGUUUACUACUGACGCCCCUUUAUAGAAAGUUUAUGGUUUCUUCUAUCACUCCCUUCCUCUAAUUCUUGGCCUCUCUUUCUUCGUUCGUUCAGUCUGUUUUCAUGGAUGUCACUCUAACAUAGAAUGAUUGUGUAUAUGAAAGUGGUGGGGGUAAACGAAGGCAAAGAAAUACAUAGUUGUAGUGGAAGGGGAUAAUUAUGACUUCAGUAGUCUUCGACUUCUCGCCGUUGUUCUUCAGGAACUGCGUGAAUUUCCUCGUCGGCUACUUCCCUCCAUUCUCUGAUUACGUGUUCUUUCGCAACUUUGGUUAACGAUUUAUUCGAAUGCAUCGUAAAAAGUGAACGUAUAAAUGUUCAUACAUAAUGAAAUUAAUCUAGGAUUAUACACACAAAACACACAUUACACUCAUAUAUUUCUUUGUAAAUUUACGUGUAAAGAAAGGGACCCACCCGACUUGCGAAAUACAUGCUUGUGUGCCGUGAGGCACGCUGUACUGAAAGCAAACCAGAAGUAGGAGAGGAAAAAAGGACGAUUGACAACAGAAUUUACUAUGUUUGGGGACCAUUAGCAACAGAUUUUGUUAGUUGGUGAAAGGCUAAAUGCAGCCAUGUUCGGGUCUAACCAAAGCAACAAACUACAUGAUUCCUAUCAUAGUAGUGCACAGCCAACAUUUCCAGUCUUGAAACUACAUUCCCCAUCAAUGGAAAAAGAGAAUGCUACAUUCGACCAUGAAACCAUGACUAAUGGCUCUUUGAAUCCAGAACAGCAGUCAUUCCUGAAAUCAUUUGGGGAAUUAUCCUGUCAUUGUUCUAACUACAGCCAUUGUCACCAGAGUAACAUUCCUUCAAAAGCUAACUCUUAUCACCAACAAACUACCUCCGUACGGAAACUUUCAGGGGAUCCGAUGAGCCAACAGAAUCAACAACGUAAUACCCUUAAUGAAAUUUCUCAUUUGGAUAUUGUUCAGAGGAAUGGUGAGAGUAUUCUACUCCACCAAGACUGUUCUUCACAGAAGCUGCAGCAUCACCCAAAUGUUCUAUGUACCUCAGACUCCUCAAAACAUUCUUUGAAUAACAGUUUACUGUGUAACGAUGUUGAACCAACCAAACAGUCAAAUGCUGUGAUUGAAAACGUAGCUAUCACCCAAAGUUCAUUAAAAUCUCAGAAAUCUCACCUGCCUCUUUGUAUAUAUUCUCGAGGGAAACUAAACUGUGUCUCUCAAAAAAAGAAGAUAAGUGCAACAAAUUCUACAAAGUAUGGAGUAAGUCCCAAAAGAUUUCGCAAAUGUACUGAGGAAAUGGGAAAAUGGUUUCUAGAAUUUAAUGAUGAGCAGAAAAAUAUUUUUCUGAAAGGGUUGUUGAAAGGUUGUGAGUUGCCUCAGUUACAUUUGCUUUCUGUGAAAAUGGAGCCUAAUUUGCAUCGAGGUUGUCCUCCAAAUUGCCAAGAUAUCAUUACUUGGUUACCAACUAAUUUAGCCACUAAAAUCAUGUCAUUUCUAGAUCCUGUGACUCUAUGCCGUUCUUCACAAGUUUGCAAAAUUUGGCGCCGAAUUUGUGAGGAUCCUACUUUCUGGCGUCGGUUUUGUUGCCAGCCAAAAUGGCAAUUGUCUAAAAUGGCAGAACAUAAACAAGUGAUCAAUCAUAUGUCCCCUGAAGGUUGCAUUCAGUGGAAGAAAGUUUUUGCUGAGCGGUUUCGAUUGCGAAAUAACUGGUUAAAAGGGCGUUGCACGGUCAGGACUUUUGAGGGACACACUCAAGGUAUUUCUUGUAUUCAGUUUGACGAUACACGAAUCGUUAGCGGAUCGUCAGACAAAACAAUCCGGGUCUGGAAUAUUCGAACAAAUGCUCCUUGGUCAGUUCAAACAUUAGUUGGCCAUAGUGGAACUGUACGGUGUUUGCAUUUAGAAGGCAACCGUCUUGUGAGUGGUUCUUCAGACAGAACAAUAAAAGUUUGGGACUUAUCAACCCAAGACAGAUGGUCCAGUAUAGCAUGUAAAGUGACGAUGGUAGGCCAUUUGGAUACAGUAAGGUGUUUACAGGCAGACGACGAGAAGUUAAUAAGUGGUUCUUAUGAUAAAACACUGAAAGUAUGGGAUAUUCGAACAGGAGAAUGUAAAAUGAAACUCAGGGGCCAUUCAGCUGCAGUUCUAUGUGUACGCUUCAAUGAGUCAAAAAUUGUAUCUGGCUCGGCAGACAAAACAAUCAAGGUUUGGAAUUUUGAUGCUAACUGUAUCAUGACAUUGGAUGGUCAUCAGAAUGCUGUCACUUGUCUGCAGUUUGAUUCAACUCGAAUUGUUAGUGGGUCGCUCGAUUGUAACCUCAAAUUUUGGGACAUCCACACUGGAGUGUGUGUUAACACUAUUGACUGGAAAGCUGCUGAAGGACACACGGGUGUAGUCAGAUGUC